AUGAUGGAUCAACUAAACAAUUUAACACUCUGGGAUGUUAAAGAUGCCUUUAAUAAGGUAAAAAAUGUAGUCAUGAACUACACAGAGAUGGAGGCAAAGGUCCGUGAGGCAACCAAUAAUGAGCCUUGGGGCGCUAGUAGCACAUUGAUGCAAGAGAUUGCCCAAGGGACAUAUCAUUACCAAAGUUUCAAUGAGAUCAUGACAACGAUCUAUAAACGGUUCACAGAAAAGGAGGCCCGACAAUGGAGGCAGAUAUACAAGGCUCUACAAUUACUUGAAUACCUCGUUAAACAUGGCGCUGAAAGAGUAGUUGACGAUGCUCGUGCACAUAUGCAAACUGUUAAGAUGAUGCGUAAUUUCGCCUAUAUUGAUGAUAAGGGAAAAGAUCAAGGUGUCAACGUUCGGAAUCGUGCAAGGGAACUCGCUGAAUUAUUAAGCGACGUCGAGAAAAUCAGGCAGGAAAGAAGAAAAGCGAAAGCAAAUAGAACUAAAUACACAGGUGUUAGCUCAGAUGCUAUUGGUUAUGGCUCGUCAUCUCGUUACGGAGGAUUUGGAAAUGACACUUUUUAUUAUAAUGAAGAUCGGACACGUUCCAGAUAUGAUGAACCAGACUCACAAUGGCAAGUCGAUUAUAGAGCAGAUAGAUCCUCUUUUAAUGAAGAGAGAAGAACCAGUACUAGUGCAUCUCGUCUUAGUCAAUCAUCCAAUAAAAAUAUAGUUGAACCGUUGACUGCGACGACUAACUCAGAUGAACCUACGACUGCAAAUACUGAAGUUAAUUUAUUCGAUUUUGAUGAUACUCCAACUACUAAUACUAAUCCUACACUCCAGAAUGAUUUUGGCGCGAUGCAAACAGCAUUUAUUGACGAUGAUUUUCAAGAUUUUCAAAGUGCUCCACUCACAACUUCUUCACAAAGAUCUUCUAUCUCAAUGAAUUCAUCGAAUUUGACCGGACUUCAGUUUACUUCAGUACCAAAACCAAAUACACAGCCUAUUAAUAAUGUCAAUGUGCCAAAAAACAAUGCAAAUGUACCUCAAGCUAACAAUAAUUUACUUGACGACUUACUUGGUCCUGUUUCACCAGUUACCACAACACCAAGCACAGGUUUACCUAUGAUAACUCCGACCAACUCUAUCACCAACUCUGCUAAUCAGACUCAUUCAACAUCUACCCUUAAUUCCAAGCCAACUUCACCAACAACCCCAAAACAGAAUUCCACAAAUACAACUUCAUUUCCUGCUCUGAAAUCGAAUGAUAUUUGGGCGCAAGCAUCAAAUUUAGUAAGUUUAGAUUCUUUGGGAAAGGAAUCCAAAACGACGAAGCAACCUGCAAAACCAUCUAUGAAUUCUCUUGCACAAGCCAAUUCUUCAUCAUGGGCAGUUAAAGGAACUUGGACUGGUGCACAGCCUUUGCAGCAGAAUUCUACGAACGG